GGGUUCUCAAAGUGCUUGGGCGCAAAUGACAUGAGAUUUCACUGUUAGAAAAUACUUCGAAAAAUAAUCUUUACAAUUCAAUUCAAAAUUACUUUUGCAAAUUAUUACAAACAAAGUUAGCAUUCUUAGAAAAAAUAAAUAGCGUGCUUUAACAAAACUCAGCCCAGUGGGACAGUUGAAACCUGACGAUCCCAAAUGCCGAAAUGCCCCCUUCCGGCCUGUCAGCACUGCCCCCCACCGCCGCCGUCCGUCACUACACCCGCCUCCUCGCCGCCGCAGCCUCCUCCUCUACGGCCUCUCUCCGCGUCCUCCUCCCCAUCCACGCCCGCGCCGUCAUCCUCAGCAUCUCCGUGAACCCGGCCUUCGCCACCAGCCUCCUCGCCGCGGCGGCCCCCGCCUCGCUCGCCUACGCCCGCAGGGUGUUCGACGCCGCGCCCCUCCGCGACGCCUACAUGUGGAACACCCUCCUCCGCGCCCAUGCUCAUCACCAAUCGUCUGCCGCGGACACCCUCGCCCUCUACAAGCGGAUGCGCGCCUCGGGCAUCGCGCCGGACCACUACACCUACCCGAUCGUGCUCCCGGCCUGCGCGGCCGCGCGCGCCUUGUGGCUUGGGCGCGCUGCGCACGGCGACGCGGUGCGGUUCGCGCUCGCCGGGGACGGGUUCGUGCGCAGCGCGCUCAUCGCGAUGUACUGCCAGGUCGGGGAGAUGGCGGACGCGGAGAGGGUGUUCGCGGAGAGCGGCGGUGAUGGCUCCCGGACGGUGGUCUCGUGGACGGCCAUGGUUGCUGGGUAUGCGCAGAACUGCUUCUUUGGCGAGGCAGUUGCGCUGUUCGGAACGAUGGUAGCAGAGGGCGUGCUCCCGAAUGAGAUCACUCUGAUCAGUUUCCUCCCCUGCUUGCAGGGCCAAGAAUGGGUGGCUGCCGGGGAGAUGGUUCAUGGGUUCGUGCUCAAGCUGGGUUUUGAUGCAAACAUUCCCUUGGUGAAUGCGCUCAUAGCAAUGUAUGGGAAAUGCGGGAGCAUGGCCAUGGCAGAAGCUCUGUUCGAUGGGAUGACAACACGCAGUCUGGUUUCUUGGAACACAAUGGUUGCAAUGUAUGAGCAGCAUGGUGAUACAGUUGAGGCAAUCAAGUUCUUCCGCAGGAUGCUUACUGAGAAGGUGGGGUUUGACUGUGUAACUCUGGUCAGUGUGCUGUCUGCUUGUGCACGCUCGGGAGCCCUGGAGACUGGCAAGUGGGUGCAUGAGUUUGCCAGGAGUCAUGGGCUCGAUACAGAUGCAAGGAUUGGCAAUGUUCUUGUCGACAUGUAUGCAAAGUGUGGCGAGAUCGCUUAUGCAAGGGAGGUAUUUGACUGUUUGCGUGGCCGGGGUGUUGUGUCCUGGAGUGCCAUGAUAAGCGCAUAUGCCAACCAUGGAGAGCCUGAAGAGGCUCUCAAGCUCUUCUCCCUGAUGAAAUGUGAAGAGGUGAGGCCAAAUUCUUUCACAUUCACUGCAGUUCUAAUGGCGUGUGGCCACUCAGGCCUUGUCGAUGAAGGACUGAAGCAUUUCAACAGCAUCCUGACUGACUACCAAAUGUCACCAACACUAGAGCACUAUGCCUGCAUGGUUGACAUGCUAGGACGCGCUGGUAGACUUGUCGAAGCAUAUGAAAUCAUCCGAGGAAUGUCGGUGCGGCCUGACAAGUGCGUGUGGGGUGCAUUCCUUGGUGGUUGUAGGCUUCACGGCAAUCUGGAGCUAGCUGAAUUUGUUGCCAAGGACCUCUUCCAGUCAGGCUCCAAUGAUGUCACGUUCUACGUUUUGAUGUCAAACAUGUACUUCGAAGCUGGACUGUUGGAAGAUGCGGAGAGGAUGAGAAAGGCUAUGAAGGAGAUGGAACUCAAGAAGACGGCUGGGCGUAGCUUGGUUUGUACGAAUAGAGAAAGAAGAGCUUUCAUGCGGUAGCCAAAAUUAGUUAGCUUGAUUGUUGCUGAUUAUUUGUACUAACACGCCAUUUGGAUUGCCAAAUUGCUUCAGAUGUAGAUCAUCUAGGGUAUAUGGUAGGCUAGUUAUAAACAGAUAGCAUAUGUUCCCUUCUCAUAUUUGUCCCCUUCUUUCAUUAAUGCUUCUAUUCUGGACAACUAGCAUGCCUUUCCAAAUUUUGAUUAAAUCUACUGACAUUCUCUUCGGACUCUUGAAAGAAAAAGGU